GGAGGCAAAGAUGAAGACAAAGAUCCUUCCUCUCCUUGGGUUACUGUAUGUUGCAUGUUCUUGUGCUUUCCCAGUGGUUCCAGAAAUGGAAAAAGAAGAUAUGCAAUUUGCUAAGAAAUAUCUGGAAAAUUUUUAUGAUUUUAAAGAAGAGAAAAAUUCUCUCUUUAAAUCAAAGAACCUCAAUCAUAUGGCUGACAAAAUCCGAGAAAUGCAGUCAUUCUUUGGGCUAGAGGUAACUGGGGAGCUGAAUCACAAGACACUGGACAUGAUGAAGCAGCCUAGAUGUGGAAUACCAGAUGUUCGUUCAUACAGCACCUUCCCACAGAGCCCUAGGUGGCAGAAAGAAGAUGUGACAUAUCGGAUUUUGAACUACACUCCAGACAUGCUACAAGCUGAUGUAGAGGAAGCAAUUGCAAAAGCCUUCCAGCUCUGGAGCAGUGUCACCCCUCUGAGGUUCACCAGGAUUUAUAGUGGUCAAGCAGAUAUCAUGAUCUCCUUCGCAGCUGGAUUUCACGGUGACUUCUAUUCAUUUGAUGGUCCAGGAGGAACUCUGGCUCAUGCCUACCCCCCCAGCAGUGGGAUAGGAGGAGAUGCCCACUUUGACGAAGAUGAAAACUGGACCAAAUUUACUACCUAUAGUGGAUACAACUUAUUUCUCGUUGCUGCUCAUGAGUUGGGCCACUCACUAGGUCUUGGUCAUUCCAAUGUCUUUGGUGCUUUGAUGUAUCCUAUAUAUAUGGCCAGGGAUACAAGGGACUACAGGCUUCCUCAGGAUGAUAUUGAUGGCAUUCAGGCCCUCUAUGGACCCCCCAGGGAAUCUUCUGCACUUCCAACAAAAGCUUUUCCCCCACAAGAGCCAACUGAAAUGAUACCUGCAGAAGCACCAACUGAAAUGUCACCCCGGGAAGAACCAACAGAAACAACUCCCUCCAAAAUCCCCACAAGACCAGAGGACUGUGACCCUCAUUUGACUUUUGAUGCUAUCACUACUCUCCGUGGGGAAAUACUGUUCUUCAAAGGCAGCUACGUCUGGCGCAAAAGUCCAUAUUUCUCAGACAUUGAGCACGACACCAUCUCCUCUUUCUGGCCAUCACUGGCAGCUGGCUUUGAUGCUGCUUAUGAGGUUGACAAGAAGGAUCAAGUAAUGUUUUUUAAAGAUGACCAGUACUGGGCUGUCAGCGGCUACAGCAUACAGCAAGGCUUCCCCAAGCCUAUUCAGAACCUGGGCUUCCCCUCAAGUGUCGGGAAAAUCGAUGCAGCUGUUCAUGAUCAAAAUACCAAAAAAACCUAUUUCUUUGUAGGCAACAAGUACUGGAGUUUCAAUGAAAACACUCGAUCAAUGGAAAGGGGAUAUCCAAGAAAAAUAGCAGCUGACUUCCACGGAAUUGGCCACACAAUUGAUGCUGCCCUUCAGAAAAAUGGACAUUUCUACUUUUUCCAUGGAUCAAACCAGUAUGAGGUUGACAUCAAGAACAAGAAACUCAUCCGUAUAAUGAAGAGCAACAGCUGGUUUAAUUGCUAG